UUCAUUGGUUGCCGGCUCCGUGGCUUCGUCUCCGCUGUAUUCUCUGUUAUACAAGGGCUGUUUGCUAUUUGCAGAAGUUACACAACUCAGAGGCCCUCAAACGAGCUACGGCUUAAGACAUGGGUUGGCGCCGAGGUUCUGCCUUUAACGGCAAGACUGGAGACUAGAAAUCAGCCUCGUAUUGAAGCAGGUAAUGGUGCACUUUUGUUCAACUGGAAACUAUUAAAUGCAUAGAGGUGGAAGGAACGUGGACCAGGCUACAGGAUUAGUCAUGAAGAACCUUUCCUCUGCUUUCAAUAUGACCCUAGCAUUUUCAGACUCUGGAGAUAUUUCCAAUACUACAAGUGGGCCUCCUUCAAUGUCAAUAAAUAGACUUUUUCCUGCCCUUCUUGAAUGCUUUGGGAUUAUUCUCUGUGGAUACAUUGCUGGAAGAGCAAAUGUUAUCACUGCAACUCAAGCCAAAGGUUUAGGCAACUAUGUUUCUAGAUUUGCACUGCCUGCAUUAUUGUUCAAGAAUAUGGUGGUCCUGGACUUUUCCAACGUGAACUGGUCAUUCCUGUAUAGCAUCCUUAUUGCCAAAGCUUCAGUUUUUGUCAUAGUGUGUGUGUUAACUUUGCUAGUAGCCAAUCCCCAGAAUCGAUUCAGCAAAGCAGGACUGUUCCCUAUAUUUGCCACACAAAGCAAUGAUUUUGCAUUAGGAUAUCCAAUAGUUGAAGCUUUGUACCAAACUUCAGAUCCUAAUUAUCUUCAGUACAUCUAUUUGGUGGCUCCUGUUUCUCUCAUGAUGCUGAAUCCUGUGGGUUUUGCGCUCUGUGAAAUACAGAAAUGGAAAGACAAUCCAAACCCUUCUUACAGCAAAAUCAAGAUCAUAGGAUAUGCUCUGUUCCAUGUCUUCCAAAAUCCAAUUGUAUUUAUGGUAUUUAUAGGCAUUGCCUUUAACUUUGCACUUAAACAAAAGAUUCCAGUUUACUUUGAGAACUUCCUGGAUGGCCUGGCCAGCUCUUUCUCGGGCGCAGCUCUAUUCUAUCUUGGCCUUACUAUGGUUGGUCAAACAGGGAAACUUAAGAAGUCUUCAUUUGUCGCAUUGCUGCUACUAAUCACUGCAAAACUACUAGUAAUGCCACUUAUCUGCAGAGAAAUGGUGGAACUGCUGGACAAGAGCAGUAUUGAUGUUAACCACACCAGAUUAUCUAACUAUGCAUUUCUAUACGGAGUCUUCCCAGUAGCCCCUGGAGUUGCUAUCUUUGCAAACCAGUUCAACAUGGAAGUAGAGAUUAUAACAUCUGGUAUGGUUAUCAGUACCUUUGUGUCUGCUCCUAUCAUGUAUGUCUCUGCAUGGUUACUGACAAUCCCAUCCAUGGAUCCAAAGCCUUUGGUGUCAGCUCUACAGAACGUCAGUUUUGAUAUCAGCAUUGUGAGCCUGGUGUCCUUGAUUUGGUCUCUUGCUGUCAUACUUUUAAGUAAGAAGUACAAACGACUUCCGCAUUUGCUUACUGCAAAUCUGCUGCUUGCCCAGCUUAUUGUCUGUGUUGGGAUGGUGAUGUGGAACUUCAUAAUAAAAGAGAAAAACUUGGUGGGACAGGUCCUAGUGUUUGUGAUUCUGUACAGUGCUCUCUACAGCACAUACUUGUGGACAGGUCUUAUCUCACUGUCUUUGCUUUUGUUAAGGAAAAGAGAAAUUGGAAAUAUUUUAAUUGUUACAAUAGUUCUGGCUGGAUGGGGUAUUCCUGCAUUGAUUGUAUGUGUUCUUUUAAUUGUUGGUGAAAAUGAUAUUGACAGCCUUGACUCUGCUUUCUUCUACGGCAAGUCUCAGAUCAUUAGCACAUCAGUGAUCCUAUCCUUCAGCAUAGUGCUGUCAGGCAUAUCGCUUAUGUGCAUGAGCCGCAGCCAAGACAAUGGCAACUACCAUGUGCUGAACCAGUCCUCCAAUAGCAGCAGCAGCAGCAGAACUGUAGAGACUACGGGUGAAUCCAAACCAGACAGUCCUGUGAUAGCGCGUGUAGCUCCUGUUUCUGCAGAAAGAGAAUUCUGUGCAUGUGGUCAGGAAAAUGGAAACGUGUGUCGCUCUGUGGAGUCAGAAUCUGUGCUGAAUAUUAAUGGACCUCCCAGCAUUGAGGAAGCACAUGAAUGUCUUACUCGUUGCAAUUCAGAAAGAUGUGUCUUAUCCCAAGAGGAACAACAGCUACACACUGGAGACACCCAGAUAGCAAGGCACAUCUUGCUUUGUUUGCUUCUUGUUGUCGGUUUGUUUGCUAACUUAUCCAGCUGUUUCUGGUGGCUUUUUAACAUUGAACCUGGAAGAUUAUAUGUUGAACUACAAUUUUUUUGCGCUGUUUUUAACUUUGGUCAGGGAUUCAUUUCAUUUGGCAUUUUUGGAUUGGACAAACAUUUAAUCAUUCUCCCAUUUAAAAAAAGACUUGAGUUCCUUUGGAGAGGCCGUGAAACCACUGCAACUACUGUUGAUACCAGAGUGCCUGAGGAAAUACGGAUGACCUGCAACCAGUUUGUACGAUACCAUAGAGAUUUGUGUGUCAGGAACAUAGGCAAGGAAAAAAGGUGUGGCAGUAGAACCUCAACAGGCAUCUUCUGGGGCUCUGAUCUGGUGAGCUGGCUUGUUGAAGUGGGGCUUGCUCAGGAUCGUGGAGAAGCUGUGAAGUAUGGAGAGAGACUGUUACAAGGAGGAGUGAUCCAGCAUAUUACAGAUGAAUAUGAAUUUAGGGAUGAAAAUCUCUACUAUCGCAUGUUAAGGAAGAAGAGGGUCCCAGCGCAGCACAGCUGAUAUCAGCAAACUGUACAAGACUGGCUGCGGUCUUUGAGAUCUAUGGUGUUGAUCCACAUGCUUAUUUAAAUGUUAGCUCAAAGGGAUUUUAUUCCAGCCUAUGCAAAUCUAUAAAUGCUGGGUAUUUUCAUAUGCUUGAGUGCAACAUGUGUAGUGAGUGUAAACAAGUGUGUCUUUUUCUCAUGCAUGUGUCAGAAGUGCAGACACCAUUAUGUUUAGGAGAUAUCCGUGCUGACAUAAGCCAUAUUACAAUUUUUUUUUCUAACCUAAGUAGCAGACUAAGAGUUUGACAUUUUUGUACAUUCUCAGAAAUGUUUUAAAAAAUAAAAUAAAAAAGAUCUUAGUCCAUAUUCUAAAACAAAGAAAAAAAAAAAAUCAACAACACUAAUUUAUCUAAUAUUUUGCCACUAAUGAUGACUUUAUGCAAUUACUGCUAUUCAUGUGGAAGCGGAAGUGUUUUUUUCUUUUCUUGCUGGUUGCUACAUUUCUUUGUAGGACAACUAUCUGUCCUUUGUUUUAUUAAAGCUUAGUUUAUCUGGCCGCCAACGCCAUUAUUUAAUUCAGUGGGCGUUCAUGUACUGGUGCGUUUCACAUGUUUUGUUUACCACACAAACUGUUACAAAUAUUAGAAAACGGAAUUAAAUAUGACCAGAAAAUAAGGUUUAUUAAUAAAGGGCAAAUACGAUAAUAAUAAGCUAUUGUUACCGGCUGAAUCAUUAGUGUUUUCCUUACAAAUAAAUGACUUAAACAUUU